AGUGGAAGAUUUGUUGUCAUCAGAGCCAAACCGUGCAAAAGCAAAGCCCCAAACUUCAGCUCAUCAAAUCAAUGGAGUUUUUAUUUCAUUUUUUCACCCUCCUUCUUUCUUGGGCUGAAGUGAAAUCGGUCUUGGGUGAUGGGGGUUUCUGCUCAAUUUCUCCACCUCGCAACAGCGCUGAGUCUCCCAAGUAUUGGAAAGUCACAAACCCUACUCUCGCUCCUUCCCAUCUUCAAGAUUUACCUGGUUUCACUCGCAGUGUGUACAAAAGAGACCAUGCUGUAAUUACGCCGGAGAGUCAAGUAUUCAGCCCUCUACCUAACUGGGAUAAUACAUUGGGAGCUUAUUUGGUCAGCCCUGCAAUGGGAUCACAUUUUACAAUGUACCUGGUAAAUAUGCAAGAGGGUUCAACUUCGGCAUUACCUGAAAAGGGAGUUGAAAGGUUUGUUUUUGUGGUUCAGGGCUCCGUUUUAUUCUCAAAUGGUUCGGGCAGUAGUCAUAAAUUGCAUGUGGACUAUUAUGCAUAUAUACCUCCUAACUUGGACCAUUCUCUGAAGUCAGAGAUGACAACUACUCUUGUUAUCUUCGAGCGAAGGUAUGCGACCCUGGAAAAUUACUAUCCUGAACAGAUCAUAGGUGAGACAGACAAACAGCCUCUUCUUGAAACUCCAGGGGAGGUAUUUGAACUGAGGAAGCUGCUGCCUACUUCAGCUGCCUAUGAUUUUAAUAUCCAUAUUAUGGAUUUCCAACCUGGAGAGUAUCUUCAAGUGAAGGAGGUCCAUUAUAACCAGCAUGGCUUGCUUCUUUUAGAGGGACAAGGAAUAUAUCGCUUGGCUGACAGCUGGUACCCGGUACAAGCAGGGGAUGCGAUUUGGAUGGCACCUUUUGUUCCUCAAUGGUAUGCUGCUCUAGGUAAAACAAGGUCCAGAUAUUUAUUAUACAAGGAUGUGAACCGAAACCCACUGUGAUUGCUUGCCAAGUUCUAAGAUAGAGCGCCAUAUUCACGGUGAUGAAGGUGAGUGAUUUGUAUUAUUACGAGGACCAUAUCAGCUGAUUCUCACCUGAUAGCAAAUGACAAUAUUUUGAAUAAGAAAUCUUCUUCAGGAGUUAAAAACUUUUUUUUAAUUAUAGCUAGAGUGACGCAGAUUGAUUUUUAUUA